GUCUCUCUGCGCUUGAAAGGCGUUCAUUGCGAAAAGUAAUAAAAAAAAACACCUUUUCCUCUACGUAGAACGCAAAAGGGAUAUGCUGAGAAGUCUCGCGGAAUGUUGUUAGAUUUUUCAUCAAAAUACAUCCGGGCGGAAAGGUAUGCUGAAAAGUGAAAUAUUGCUAAUAGAACAAAUUGUGAGUGCAAUUCCACCCCUAAAUACACCUCUGUUUGCCAUCAAUGCGCCAACAGCGCCUCUAGCGGAAUUAAAGGGCACAAGAAUUUUCACUUUUCAGUACGCCAUUUGCCACGGAAGACAACACAUCGAGAAAUAUUUAUUCCCCUAAUUUUACAAAUGUUUUAAUUCACUUUGAGCGAUUCUCUGACUAGGAGAGGACAGUAUUCACUAGCGGAAAGAGGCUAAAGGAGAGAUUGUUGGAGAAAAUAUAAUUUUACGCUGAUUGGGGCGCUGAGACUCCGCUGACGAGAGAGAGAAAGCGUUACGUAAUUCCACGAAGGCACAUUUCUGGGCCCACGUUUCGGGGAAUUUUCUGGUAUAUUUGAUUAGAUCCGGACUAGAUAAAGAAUAAGAAGGAAGUCUUGUGAGUCCUCGUUGAAUUCUGUGAUAAAGUAGAGAGACAAAGGAAAGCGUUUUCUGAACGUUUUAGAGACAUUUGCGCGUUCAGGGCGCUGCGUUGUGACCAUAGUUAGUGUAAAGUGAAUUUCACCUACAAAUUGAGGGCGAAAGAGCUAAAUUCUAAGGCUACGCCCUAAUUGCGUUUCACUUCCUCCGUCGCAGAAAAGCGGUGACGUAGGCAUUCCAUGGCAGCCAUCUUGUGAGGCAGACACGCAUUCAGGGUGGAUUUCGCAGUGACGCAUCGGGAGAGCAUUAUGCCUCGAAUCGAUCCACUGCAAUUGCUGACGUGCUUGGGCGUCCUCUUGGCCCCAAAUGGUGGAAUUCGCAGCGCUCAAGAAGUGAGACGUCUAGCUGGUCUGAUGGCGAAAUUCAGCAAUAGGCUUGUUUCCAAGUGCAUCUACAUUCAGAUACUGAAGUGCACAGACACAGAGCUUCUGGGGCAGUUUAUGGGCACCGGGGGCUGGACACUGACGCACAUGUGGCUCCAGGAUGGCAUUUUGACGAAGAAUUAUCCACUGGUGCAGGAGAUUCUGGAACUUUUGCUUCUCUGUCCUGUGGAUGUGGACCGGCUGAAGAGCAACUCAGCACCGAAGCUGGUGAAGCAGCUCUCCAAGGAGUCUCAUGAAGGUGUGAGAAUUCUGGCUUCUAAACUCGUGGAGCAGUGGCUGAAGAUUGUUAAAGGCGAAGCAGUUGGCAACACUCCGAGUGUUCCUCAAAUGAACUUCACUGGAAAUGACGCAGCUGAUGUAACAGAUGUUUCAAAUGGGGUUAUUAGUCAGAAGACGACGGAAUUGUACAGGAACUCUGUGGAUGAAAUGAAGGGUCAGAAUGUGUUUGAAUCGCAGGAGGCGCAAGUUGAGGACGUAUUGAGUGAAAAGGACAUAAUCGGGAGUGUUGAUUUAAAUGGAGAAAAUGGGUCUCUCGACGGUGAGUCGCAGAGUAAUGUUGAUAGUGGCAAAAAGACAAAAGUGUACAGUCACAAGAAUAAUUCGCUCGUGUAUAAAAUCACUGUGAAGGAUGGCAAGCAAGUGUUGGCGAAAGUGGAGACACCGGCGAGAGCAACAUCGCCACCCAAAGAGAAGGAUAAGGAGAAUCAGCGUGUGCAGGACAAAGAGAAGGACAAGUUGAAGAGUAAGCGUGAUGAUCGUGAUAAGAGUAAAUCGAAGGACAAGAAGAGUGAUAAAGAGAGGGAGAAGCAACGGGAGAAGGACAAGAAGUCAAGUCACAGAUCAUCUUCGUCUUCAGGGAAAUCGUCAUCGUCAUCAUCAAGUCAUAAGAGUUCAUCGAGUUCCAGUAGUGGAAAGAGUUCUAGUCGUGAUAAGGAUAGAGACCGGUCAAAAUCAUCGUCGUCAUCGUCAAAAUCGAGCAGCAGUCGAGAGAAGGACAAAGAUCGCCAUCGUGAGCGCUCUGACAAGGAGAAAGUCAGUCAAGCGGAGAAGGACAAGGACACACUGGCGAAAAUCAUGGGUACUGGACACCUGGAGAAGCUCGGGAAGAUUCCCAAGAAGACCAAAAAUGAGGGCGACAGCAGCUCAUCAACCAAAGAUGCGAGUAAAGAGUCCAAAUCGACAGCUCCAGCGCCGCCGCCCGCGAAGAAGGCCAGCAUAUCGAUUGAGCAGCGCAAAGAUGGAGAGAAUCGACCAAAUACUGUUAAGAAAUUCAAUUCGCAGUUCCGCAGUCAUGGGCUGGAGGAGGCCCCACCGCCGCCGGCAUCGCGACGGAAUCCAAAGAAGCCUGAUUCGACAGCGAAGCCGCUGGGUAGUCAGGGCGCCAACCCGGCGAUGAGCACCAAAUCGACUAGUGAGUCUGGGCUAAGUGGGAUUCCGGAGAAGAAACUGAAGCUCGAUGUGGCAGUGGCGAGUGCGAAUUCUUCAUCUUCGUCUGCUACUGCUGUUGCGGGGGAGAAGGCGACUCCUGAGAAAACAGAUAAGCCACAAUCGCCAGAGAAGGUGUCAAUAAAAGCACCUCCAGCGCCGAGACCUAAGCAAUCGAUGUUGGUUGAGACGGACGUCUUCAUGGAUGCUCUAUGUUCAACGGCAUCGACAAACAGGAAAGAUUUGAAAAAGAGAAAGCGACGAUCAAGCAGUUCAAAGGACGGCGCCUCGUCCAAUUCAUCUCCGCCUGAGAGUCCGACGGUGUCUUCGAAUCCAAAGGUUGCCCCACUGAAAUUCUACCAGGACACACUGGAGGUCAGUGAGGAGGCGGACAAGGAAGAUGAGAAGAGUGAGAAGACUGAGGAGGAGAAUGGUCGCUCUGCGGUCGAUCCGGAGGCUGAUGAUGAUGAUGUGAUAAAGAAUAAAAGAUUGAAAAGUGAUAAAGCAAAUUCCCUGGACCAAGACGACAGUGUCGAAGGGAAGAAGAAAGCAUCCAGGAGUGAUAAGGAGGAGAAUGAUGCCAAGGAAGCGACUAACGUCAGCGAGGAGGAGGUGAAGCCAAAGCCUCCCGGUCCGGGUUGCGGACCAGAUGGACCGCCGGGUGUGCUGGUGAUACAUCGGCGCAAGGGCCCGAAGAAGUCUGUCAAGUGGAAGCCACAGGAGGAACUGGAGCAGAUCCAGUACUUUGAGUUGGACGAGACGGAGCGCGUGAAUGUGACCAAGACAUUCACGGACAUGAAGCAGAUGGAGCGAUAUGGGGAGCGCGAGGCCUUCCUGAUGGCGCGCAAGCUAUCGGCGGAUGAUGUGAUGAUGGAGCAGACACCGUACAGACCACUGGUCAUUGUUGACGACGUGCCACCGCAUCCGAUGGGGGCGCAGAGCAAGGAGAAGAAGAUCCAGAUGGAGAGGGAACAGACUGUGCUCAAAGCGCUGUACUUCAACCGCAUGAUGAUUCCUGACUCCCCAGCUGAGCCUGACAUGGAGCAGUACAAGAUUACGGAUCCGGCCAUUAUUCCGCUCGAUGAUGGCAAUCCGGAGAAUGAGAAUGACUUCACCAACACACCGUGGCCAGAUCCGAAGGACACUCCGCCACAUGUAAGCGGAGGACUACAGGCUGACCAAGCGUUCAAUCAGUUCAACAUGAUGACCGGAGGGCCGCAAGCGAUGCCGCCGAACCCGUGGCAAAUGGGGGCGCCACCGUUUGCCCAGUUCAACAUGGCACAGUUUGCGCCGCAGUCAAUGGACCAGGGUAAUCCGAUGGCCUUCCCGCCACCGGAUGAGAUGAACGUGCCUGCAAUGAACAUGGGACCGUUCCCCGGAGCGCCGAAUCCCAAUUUUAUGCCCGGUCCGGGCGUGCCGUUUAACGGCUUUCCUGGCGACAUGGGCGGUCAGAUGAUGGGCAUGAACAUGCCCAGGGGACCGCCGCCCAACAUGCCACCAGGGGCACCGUGGUUCCGGCCCAACGCGCCGCCAAAUUGGCGCCCACCGCCGCCGAACCGCAACAAUUGGGUGCAUGGCAACAGCAGGGGAAUCUGCAAGCUGUACAAGAAGGGCUUCUGCAAGAAGGGCGACAAGUGCAAUUUCCUCCACACAGGCGGAAAUCGACGGUGAGACGACGAGUGGCCCAAAGCGGAA